AAUAAUGUCAUACAAUAUAUUAAUACCUAUGCUAUCGAACAAGGGUUUGCAAUGAGACUUGACUAUAUGGAGAAAAGCUUGGAUGUCACUAUUAGAGCAGAAAUUGUUUAUCAUCAUGCUGCAAAAUAUCAUAUGAAAUACAUUAACCUUGAGCAUAAUCAUCUGAUAGAUACUGCUAUAGCUGUUUUUGAUCCUGGUUAUUGCAAAUUAAGCAAUAAUGAAAAUAAUCAAGUGCUAAUACUUUAUAAUAGUGGAAUACUGAUGUAA